GGCGCGCUGUCGCCCGGCCUGUCUAGAGCCCGGCGGCGUCUGUGGCGGCAGUGGAGGCAGUGGCGGCGGGACGGCGCAGGGACCUGCCCGGGGACCGGCACCAUGAGCGGAUCACAGAACAAUGACAUUAAAAGACAAUUUCUGCUGGAGCGACUGCUGGAUGCAGUGAAACAGUGCCAGAUCCGCUUUGGAGGGAGAAAGGAAAUCGCCUCGGAUUCUGACAGCAGGGUGACCUGUCUGUGUGCCCAGUUUGAGGCCGUCCUGCAGCAUGGCUUGAAGAGGAGUCGUGGGUUAGCACUAACAGCAGCUGCGAUCAAACAGGCAGCGGGCUUCUCCAGCAAAACCGAAACAGAGCCCGUGUUCUGGUUCUAUGUGAAGGAGGUCCUCAGCAAGCACGAGCUGCAGCGCUUCUAUUCCCUGCGUCACAUCACCUUGGAUGUGGGCCGUGGCCGGGCCUGGCUGCGCUGUGCCCUCAAUGAACACUCACUAGAGCGCUACCUGCAUAUGCUCCUGGCUGACCGCAGCAGGCUCAGCACUUUUUAUGAAGACUGGUCUUUUGUGAUGGAUGAAGAAAGGUCUAGCAUGCUUCCUACCAUGGCAGCUGGUCUGAACUCCAUACUCUUCGCGAUCAACAUUGACAACAAGGAUUUAAAUGGGCAGAGUAAGUUUGCUCCUACAGUCUCAGACCUCUUAAAGGAGUCAACGCAGAAUGUGACUUCCUUGCUGAAGGAGUCCACGCAAGGAGUGAGCAGCCUAUUCAGGGAGAUCACGGCAUCCUCUGCUGUCUCCAUCCUCAUCAAACCUGAUCAGGAGACCGACCCCCUACCUGUCAUGCCCAAGCACAUCAGUGCCGAUUCCAAAUGUAAAAAGGAACGGAAGAAGAAAAAGAAGGUGACCAACGUUAUCUCAUUUGAUGAUGAGGAUGGUGAGCAGAAUGCUGGCGAUGGUUUUAAAAAGAUACCUGGGACUGGGGAGAGCUCAGAGGAGAACUCUGACCGCUCCUCAGUCAAUAUCAUGUCGGCCUUUGAAAGCCCCUUUGGGCCUAAUUCCAAUGGAAGCCAGAGCAGCAACUCGUGGAAAAUCGAUUCACUGUCUUUGAAUGGGGAGUUUGGGUACCAAAAGCUUGAUGUAAAAAGCAUCGAUGAUGAAGAUGUGGAUGAAAACGAGGAUGAUGUGUACGUGUCAGGAAGGAAGCGCAUGAGCCACUCAGAAUCGCCUGAGAAGCCACUGGAUGGGAACACCUGCCUCUCCCAGAUGCACAGCUGGGCUCCGCUGCAGGUGCUGCAUGGUGACACCGAUGUCCUCUUUCCGGUCAGCAGAGUGGGCUCCUUCAGCCCUGCAGAUGCCCCCCUCGGAAGCCUGGAGAACGGGACGGGCCCCGAGGACCAAGUGCUCCCAGAGCCUGGACCUCGGUACAGUGUGGAAGCCAGUUCCCCAGGCCAAGGAAGUCCUCUGAGCAGCCUGUUACCUUCUGCCUCCGUGCCAGAGUCGAUGACGAUUAAUGAACUGCGACAAGCCAUCGUGGUGAUGAUGAACAGGAAAGAUGAGCUGGAGGAGGAGAACAGAUCGCUGCGGAACCUGCUGGACGGUGAGAUGGAGCACUCGGCUGCCCUCCGGCAGGAGGUCGACACCUUGAAAAGGAAGGUGGCCGAACAGGAGGAGCGGCACGUCACAAAGAUCCAGGCACUGGCAAGGGAAAAUGAAGUGCUCAAAGUCCAGCUGAAGAAAUAUGUAGGAGCUGUCCAGAUGCUGAAAAGAGAAGGUCAAACAGCUGAAGUUGUACCAAACCUUUGGAAUGUCGAUGGAGAAGUCGCAGUCACCGAGCAGAAGCCGGGAGAGCUUGCCGAGGAACUCGCCAGCUCCUACGAGAGAAAGCUCAUUGAGGUGGCGGAGAUGCAUGGUGAGCUGAUUGAGUUCAACGAGCGCCUGCACAGGGCCCUCGUGGCCAAGGAAGCCCUCGUGUCCCAGAUGAGGCAGGAGCUCAUCGACCUCCGGGGGCCGGUGCCUGGAGAUUUGAGUCAAACAUCCGAAGACCAGAGUUUGUCGGAUUUUGAAAUAUCCAACCGGGCGCUGAUCAAUGUCUGGAUCCCAUCCGUGUUUCUCCGGGGCAAAGCAGCAAAUGCAUUCCAUGUGUACCAGGUCUACAUUCGGAUAAAAGAUGAUGAAUGGAAUGUCUAUCGACGGUACACAGAAUUCAGGAGUUUGCACCACAAGUUACAGAACAAAUACCCUCAAGUGAGAGCCUACAACUUCCCACCCAAGAAGGCCAUUGGAAACAAGGAUGCCAAGUUUGUGGAGGAACGAAGGAAGCAUCUCCAAAAUUACCUGCGCAAUGUCAUGAACAAAGUCAUCCAGAUGGUUCCCGAGUUUGCCACCAAUCCCAAGAAAGAGACCCUUGUUCAGCUGAUGCCCUUCUUUGUUGACGUUACACCCGGAGAACCACUGAACAAGAACAGCCGGCCCAAAGUGGCUUCCCGCUUCCCCAAGCUGUCCCGCAGUCACCCCAGGGAGACGCGCAAUGUGGAGCCCCAGAGCGGCGACCUCUGACCUUGAUGGAAUCGCAGACUCAGGCCCCCUGUGUGCUGCGCCAGCUGCCUCCACCCUGGCUGCUCUGCAUCCAAUGCGGCCGCAGCAGCCAGCCCCUUACACCUUGGAGUGACAACCACCUCCACCGGGUGAACCCCAGAGAGCACACCUUCCCCACCAGUCCAUGGCACCCUGAUUAAACUGGUCAGUCAGAAAGCAAGGUGGCUCCUUGCUGGACAGGCUCGGGCACACGGGCACCACUCUCCCAGGGUCUGCCCUGAGCAGCAAGGGCCGCUGUCUCCUCCCCGGCCCAGGGGCCGGCAGGAGGGCGGGCACCAGGUUGGGCAUGGAGCCCCUAGUCAAGAUGCACAACUUUGCUAUUUCAUUUGGUCAGAAGAUUCACUCAGAAACAACCUCUUGACUCUUUCCCACACGGGAAUUAGAAUGACUGUUACAGGUUUGGUUUUUUUUUCCGUUUAAUGUAAUUGCCUGCUACAACCUAUGGCCAGAUUGGGGUGGGGGCUGCUAUUCUCCAUUUUACUUUCCACUAGUGGUCAUUAGACACCCUAGUUUCACCACCAUGGCCAGCAGCAGCUCUGUGGCAUCACUGCUCCCGGGACCCAGUGUGGUGGCCUUCCUGUGAAAGAGCCAUUAAGUGAUGCUAAACUGGGGUUCUGGGAGCACAACUGGCUUCUAGAAGGUCCCGCCUGUGUGGGAAACCUGAGGCCCUCGGACCCACGUGCACCUUUGUCAGGUUUGGGUGAACCUUACCCAUCCAGGCCGGAGUCAGCAGCAGCAACCUGGUGACCCCAUGUUGAAGAGCCCCGACCUGUCCAGAAAUCAGGGGCCCUGGCCUCACAAGCCCCGAGGCCUCAAGGCCGUGAGAGACUCGGCUCUGCAGAAGGCUCUGGGAGCCCCCUGGACGUCAUACCCAGCUCUGGAGCUCCGUGGCCACGCUGUGGCCCUCCGUGUACUUGGACACGGUGUCCACCUUGCACAGAUUGUGAUCAUCCCUACCUGAACCCUAAAGACACGGGCCCGCAGUGCGCCCCUGCCCCCCAACAUGAUCUUGUGGGGACAGGGCCCUGGCUCCCCUGGACCGAGUCCCCUGUGCCCCAUCUCAGAACAGGCCCUGCCGACAGGCAGGAGGAGGAUAAAGGUGAGAGCGUGGCAACCGCUGCGGCUGCCUCCCAGCAGACCCCUCCCCGGACCAGCGCAUCGGCUGAUGUUCAUGGCGAGAAUCACGGAGCUGUCUUCCCCCUGGGCAAGAGCUGUCUUCAGCUGCUGAGUACCAUUUUGAAGAGUUUGCAUUUUCUGGAGGAAAUAUUAACGAACUAGAUACAAAACUGUAAAACAGACUACCCGGGAAUAAGUUAAACUGGAAGAGAGAACGUGGGAGUCAGACGGUGUGCAUGUGGCGGGGGGUCGGGGGUGACCCACGCCCUCGGCCUGGGGGUGUCAACUCCUCAGCACAGAGCUUGGUGAAUUGGCCGGGUGUGCACUGAGCAUUUCCUGGACAGAAAGGCUCUGGGGAGACUCACCCGGAAGGUUGUUAUGCUGUGUUCUGUCAGCCCCAUGAACCUCAUCCAGGGCAAUUCUGAGGCUGACUUGAUGUAUGCACAGCCCUGCAGCUGGAGGCAGGAGUGUGUGGCAGGAGUCCCUGCUCUCAGCUCGCGGGGGUCAGAGCACCUGAGAGGCCGUGUCGUGUCCUAGAAAGGCAACAUGGUUUCUUUCUUCCUUUGUCUCAGUUCCAAGUCCACAGGGCCCCUUGGGUCUCUGCGGCUGGCUGCUCUGAACAGAGCCUCCGGGACUAAAUUGUCGGGCCUCUCAGAGUUCAAGCUGCGCUGCACCCUGAUGCCCACUUUGUGUUUCCUCCCCUCAGUCGUUUUGAAGUCCGUCUGCCAUCCCCACUGAAAGACCGUCCCAGCACCGCUUGUCUGGACAGUGGGACCUGCCCUGAGACGUCUCCUUUUUGUGCGUAUGAUAUGGAGGAAAACUACCCACUCCCAGUGGCCCCACCUGGGCCUGGGACCGGGGUUCUGAUCGGCCAGUCUUUUUGGUACCUGACCCGAAACAUCUGCGUGCGAAUCUGGCCUAGCCUUCUGCAACCAGCCCUCCAGGAACCUGCUUCCAAGCUACGACAGGACCGACGCUAAGUCCAGAGAAGAAAGCCCACACCCAGCCUGUAAUUAAAAAGAAGGAACCCUGCCCCCCCCCCCAUUUUUAAAAGCUUAACUAUUCAUGGAAAACUUGCCCUACUCUCCCAAAGUGAAGAUUGUGAAAGCGCGUUCCUAGGGGCCCUGCGGGCAUCAUCUACAGCUUGCUCUUUGCACCGCUGUUUUGUGAUCAUGCAGAAACCCUGGGACCAUCUUCAAUGCACAGACCACGCCCUGGUGUCAGCUUAGACAUGCAUGUGACAUGCACAUUGCAGCAGUUCCUCAAAGCCUUAACUCUGGCGCCACGCAGAAUGCUCUGCAGUGAUCUCAUCCACUCAGCUGCUCAGCUGACCCCUAGCUCCUGAAGGAGGCAAACCACCCAGGGUCACAGGUCCAGGCUGAGAGCUGGUGCAUUAAAUGCCACCCCCUCAGGACAUUCACCUGCACCUUCACCCGAGACCCAGUUUGGAGGGCAGGCUGUGGUCCUCCCUCUGAAGACCCACUCAGCCCCUGGGACCCGUCAGCAGAAAAGACAGCCCUGUGGAAAGGACCAAUAGAAGUUGCCUGUGUCCUUGAUUCAGUUAGAAGAUUCUUUGGUGCCCCCAAAAUUGGCAGCCAAGAGAGGAAGGCCUUCCUGUUCAGAGGGAAGCCAGUGGGGUCUGCCUGUCUCUAGAGGGCCUUGAACCUCAAGGACCGCGCCUAGAUUGGGCUCAAAAGUCUAUUCCAGUCCUCUCACCAAAGGCAAGCAGUCGGCUCACAGGAAGCUGUAGCAAGAACAUCACUAGGGUCUGUCUCUGCCAGUGUCUCAUUUGUUUUUUGCUCCGUUCCCCCAGAUGAAACAAAGGAAGGGCAGAGGUGUCUCUCCUUAAAAGAGAAAACCAAAGCUCCCAGGAAGGCCGUCCAAGGCUGGUGCAGACCUAGACCUGAGCAACUCCCGACCAGGGAGCGAGCCUUCCCGCCAGCGCCUGCAGUCAGUCCACUGCUCGAGUUUGGCGUGGCCAGCUCCAGCUCGUGGACUCUCGUUCCUGGGCACACACCUCACAUGUUACCAGCAAGCCCUCAAUUGCAGAGAGCACAGAGCCACAGUUAAAACAACCUGACGUUUGUCUAGCUGGGCCCCUGGGGGAGGAGUGACUAUCGUGUCCGUGGAGGUCGCUCUUAACACCCAAUAGCCAGGCACAUCCAAGGGCUUCCAGGCUACAGAAGGGGCACCUGAUAGAGUUGUAAGGCCAGGACGCCGUCUUGUGAGACUGGGUAAGGGCUCAAGGACGAGGUGUAAUUACAGCACUUGGCUGAGCUGUGGCUCAGAGCUUAUUAAGAUGAGUCCUUUGAUAACCACUGAGAUUUUACUGGGGCAGCAGGUUGUGUUGUGACUAUAACAAAACAGAGGCAAUCAAAGCUGUCACAUCUCCAGGAUGGAUAACACCGUUAUAACUAAUGCAAGAGGCAUCUGGCCCUGGAGGCCCAAUAAUUAAUCCCCAGGUUUAGGGCCAGAGUCAGGAGAAGGAAGAUGCCAGCCAGCCGGGUUGAUCAGAAGCAGUGCAGCUUGUUUCCCAGCAGCAGGGCUACGGCCAGGCCGGCUAGUGGCCUCCUUUCUCUUGGUACCACAUGGGACAGUUUGCCGGCCUGAGGACCAGGUCACGGGUUCCUGGCCUCGGCUCCCACGCCACCUGCUCACCUUCACGUGAGGGCGGCCCAGCCCAGAGAUGCAGGCUGCCUCCUGCACCCAUCCCCCGGCCCCGUGGAGGCCAGGCCCUGUUCUCUGGGGCCUUCACAGGCACCUUCUAACCUGUCCCUCCAGACUUCUUCCUUCAUCCUGGCUCCUUUCUGCAAGCCCCAGUGCCCAGGAGUGCGCAGUCUGUCUCCUGGCCUCGGCAGGUAACUGAUGGCAAAGCACAGGCUGGUUUCCACCCUCGUCCUGGGGGCGGGCAGGCCCUGACCUGCCCGAGAAAGAUCCUGCCAAGGGCCCCACUGCCCCCAACAUCAGAUUGGCUAAGAGGGUCCCUGACAGGACACACCUCACACUCAGUCUCCAACCACGAAGGCAACGGCUGUCGCAGCUUUUCCUGUGGGCUGCACCCGGGACAGUGCUGCACACACUGGGCCGUCUCCCCGGCCUGCGGGCUGAGCCUCGGCAGACAGGACCCUUGGGGCAGGCAGGCGCCUGCCUCUGCGCAAGGUCUUUUGGAGCAAUUAUUUUUUAAAUAUUGUGAAUUGUUUCACUAAAUAUUUGCUGUUCAGAUUGGCUUCUGUGCUAAUUUUACACAAUUGUAGCACUGUAUAUUUUAUCUAAGAUUUCCGUGCCAAAAGCUUCAUUUUCAUGUGUCUGUAACACACAGUCUUCAUUAUGUUCCUAAAAUAGAACUGCGGCUACGGGAUCAGUGGGGGUGAGGGGAGAAGCCCUCUGCACUCAGCCCCCGUUGCUGACACGCACGCAUCAGUCCGUCUCGGGACUACGUACGCAUCUUUCCAGCCUGCAGCUGGUGCCAGGGUACGGCCCCGAUUUCCUUCCCGGGGCCUUGCUGUUGUCUCUGAAUUUCAAGGGCCACAGUGGGCGGGCUUUCUGACCCACCCACCCAGUUUCUUUGGGGCAGAAAACGGUCUGAUUUCUCUGGAAGACGGUUGAGCCUGGGUGAUGGUGCCGCCAGUAGAAUGCGCUGGGUUCGUUAGUGUUUUGAGCCCAGGGGUCAGUUCUUACUGGCACACGCAUGUGCUCCCAUCAUAACUGGAAGACCACAGCUGGCCUGUCUGGGCUGCCACCUCCCCGAGUCUGCCCACGGCUGCUUCCUGCCGUCGGGAACUGCAGGGGAGAUGCCCUUGCAGAACCUGGGGCUGGGGACAUGGAUGGGGACGAGGUGGCGGACUGCGCCUUGUGCAGUGGUCACUGGACACUGCAGAAAGGAGCCUGCAGGACGUGUGUUUCCAGGAGCGAGGUGGUGGGGGGGCUAAUCAGGAUUUUUUUAUUAUCUAGGAUUCAUCCUAGAAAGAACGUCUUACCUCUGCAGCCUUAGCUUCACCAUCCCUGGCACAGCCGUUCGGUAAAACACUGCUUAACCCAUCAGGUACUGACGACUUCUCGGACGAGGGGGUCUUUUGAACACAGGAGCCAUGUUCACCCCAGGCCGGAGGCCCUCAGCCUGGCCGAGUGGCCCAGCAGGCAGGGCCAAGACGGCAACACAGUGGAGUCCGGUCUACCGCCUGUAUGUAAAUGAGGCCCAGACGUGUGCAGGUUCACUCUGAAACGUGUAGUGUUAUCUUAACUACCCUCUUAUGUUGAGGUUUACAUGAUAGAAUUUUUAAACAAAUGUGUUUAAUUUUCUAAAAUUUCUUGUAUUAAAAUUUUCUUUUGGAAUAAGCUGUGGUAAUUUUGUUACAAUCUGGUUGAGAUACACCUCUUUACAAUGACAAAAUAAAAA